GAAAAACCCUCCACCCAUAUACGGAAUCUCAAUUUCUCAAACCCCGUUCCGUUUCUAUUCAAAUGGAUAAACUUUAAUCCGAUUCGGACUGCCCCACUYGGCUUUUUUUCUUUAUAUGUCUUCCUCUUCCUCCUGGUUUUCCUUCCCCCAUUUCCCAGCUUUUAUUCAGGUGWAAGAAACCUCCACGUCUUCCUCAUUUCUUCUGUUCUAUCGUUUGCACUUUUGGUUGACGCUUGAGAGAUCACAGGUGGGUUGGGUUUCUUGCUUUUGCUGCUUGGUCUUGAGGGAUUUCCUUGGUUUUCCAAGAUUGAAGUUUUGGGCAUUCGAAAUUUGUGGGGUUCUUCGAUUUUGUGCUUUUUAGUCUCUGGGUUGCCGCCGUCUGAUUUCCCUGCGCCAUGGCUUCUUCCUUGAAGAUUGGUCUCUGUGUUUCAGGGCUUAACGAAUAUUUGCGUUACUCCAAUCCCAAAUCCUCUGGGGUUUCUGGGUUUUGUUCUACUUCUAUUUCUGCCUCUCAGUUCAGAGGGUCGAAUCAGCCGCCGUUUCCUGUUUUGACCGUUGAUUUCUUGGGAAAACCUGAAGUCAUAAUCUCGGAUCAAAAUGGCUUCAGAAACUCCAACCCCACCAAAGCCCUAAAUAGCCUGACCAUUAAGGCACAGGCAUCUAUCUGCAUAAGCCGAGCUCAGCGAUGGUGGGAGAAGACCUUGAAACCUAAUAUGGUGGAGAUCCGCUCUGCCCAAGCCCUCGUGGAUGCAUUAAUUGAUGCUGGUGAUAGAUUGGCCAUUAUUGACUUCUAUUCCCCUGGCUGUGGAGGCUGCAAAGCCCUUCAUCCUAAGAUCUGUCAACUGGCUGAAUCGAACCCAGAUGCAAUUUUUCUCAAAGUUAACUUUGAGGAGCUCAAAACCAUGUGCCAAGCUCUCCAUAUUCGUGUUCUUCCUUUCUUCAGGUUCUACAGAGGUGGAGAAGGCCGCGUUUGCAGCUUUAGCUGCACAAAUGCAACUAUCAAGAAAUUCAAGGAUGCAUUGGCUAAACACGGCACUGAUCGAUGCAGCAUCGUUCCAGCUAGAGGAUUAGACGAAUCCGAGCUCGAACGGUUAGCUUCAGCAGGUGAAUUAUCAUUAAGGCCGCCAUCACCAUAUUCCAAGGAAGGAACAUUGAAGGAUCUAGUGAUGAGAGACAUGGAUUUUUAUGGUUCUUGGGGCAAUAAAAUGGAACUCCUGGAAGAUAACCUGAUUCUGAAGGUCUGAAGCCAUGAAUGGCACCAAGAACAAGAAGAUUGAAAGAAUUAUUAGCUGUGGAGGAAAAAGUUACUCCCUGUUUUUGUAUUUGUUUAGCUGAAUUCUUUCUUUUUUUGGGGAUUCUUGUACAUAGUGAGGAUUGGGUUUUUUCCCCCAUAAGCAAGGCCUCUGAUUUUUCUUAAUGUGUGCCUUUGCCCCAUUGCCCUGCCUGUAUUGCCAAUCUGUUGAAGAACUGGAAUUGGUCGUCUGUUUCAGUUUUUUAAUACAGAUGAAGCUUUUGAUUGUGAUUCAGUUCUUCUCAUCUCAUACUUUUUCUCCUCUGUUUCACUUUGAAAGCAAUUUCGAUUCAAUGAGAACAUGGUCUGAAUCUUGCUUUCAUUAUCAGAAGCAUCACAGCCGUUGAAUUCUCUCUUAAAUGUGAAGUAAAGAAUCAGAUUUCUCAUGGAAAAAUGGAAGUUGCRAUAUGAAGUUUUAACCGUUGAAA